CCUCCUGGCUCUGUGAGGGCGGGGCCUUCAAUGCCGCCUAACCUUCCGGAAUCCCUAAAGUCUGAGAGUGCGCAUGCGUGGGCUCGCACACGCGCAGGCGCAGAGCCCGACGGGAGUUGGGCGCGCCCACGGAGACGCCCUCGGCGACGCGCUCCUGCUGUGCGAAGCGGGACUGUGGUGUGGAGGCUUCUGCCGCCCACCUGCUGCCGUGGUGCCUCCGAAGCCCGCUGUGCGCUGUGCCCACGGCCUCAGGCUGUGCCAGCCCAGGGUUCCAGAAGGUUCUCUGUGGUCCUCGUGGGUCGCGUGCGGACGGUUCAAGUUCCUGCAGGAAAUGAUGCUUCUCUGUGCCUUGCUCCUAGCCAUCGGCUGGCCUUGGGUCAACGAUGGAAACGGACACUGGCCCUAUCACAUGAAGUGCUACAACUGCUGGAGCAUCAACAGCUUCUUUUGUUCAGAAGUUACAGCGUGUCCCGUACAUCUGAGGCGCUGUCUGAUAGUCUCCGCUCGUUUGAAUGAGCGGGAAGUACUUGUGUACAAGAANUUCGGGAACUAUUAG